AUUCAUGGUUCUUAGUGGCACAAGCACUACGUAAAGCAUAAACCUAACAUCACAAACAAGAUGGCGCGGAGCUACUUCGUCUUACCUGCUGUCGCUGGCCACAAUGCCUGCUUCUUGCAGGACCUGCCGUGGCACCAAAGCGCUGCCAUGCAAUUCCCCGAAUGAGCCCGCACCAAGAUGGCGCCUGCUGUGCAGCAGCAAAUAGUCGAAGUCAUUCUCCCCGUAUGCUCGUCCGGAAGACCUGGUUAUUGAACGAGAGUCAUUUGAUGUGCUUUGGCUUAUUGGCAGGUGUCGCGCUUGCACGCCAGCGGAGAAUAUACGGAGAGAACAAACGUCGUGCCUUUUCAUCGAGCAUCGAAGGCUCAGCGUUGUCCCCUUCUCCCGGCGCGGAUACAAAGCCUUCUCCUGCACGCGAAGUUUUUGAGUAGGAUUGCCGCGCACGGAAAGAAGUCCGUCGACCUGCAUGAACUCGUCGAUGGGAGGCUCGUAGACCAGGUCGGUGUCGUGGAUUUUGGUCAGGAAAAGCUCGCGUGCAUUUUUCUCCACCAGCGUCUCCUGGCUAUAGGCCUGGAGAAUAGCCAUCGGAUUCAGAUGCCGAAUGGCCGCGUGUCCGCGCCAGAUUUGUUGCAAUUUCGGCUUCAGGUUUUCCACCGUAACGCACCCGCUGGCGAUAUCGAAUUUUUCGUAGUUUUUGACCCGGUGGACCGGCUCAAUGAAGAAGCGGGAUGUGUCACCAACUGCCAGGCCCAAUAUGAAAAACACAAUUGGCAACACUAGUGCCCAGCAUCACAAUACGCAUGACAAAUAGGCACUGUUUCUUGACAUAUGUAGGCCCAUGUAUGAGUGAUCGCGUCGCACAUGCAAACGAAAAUAAAAAAGCUAGCCACUAGUGCUGCCACUUGUGUUGGCAUAUCUACCAGGAUCGUUCCGUGCAACCGGUCCCGCUCGUUGUUGAGGAUAAAGCGCAACCGGCGAUCGAAGUCAUCGCUCCAGUUAAGAGUAGACUUCAGUUGUACUCCAUUCCAAUGGUCAUCCUGCGCGUCUUCCAAUGCUGCUGGACACAAUCGAGCGAACAUAUCUGAAGUGGUUUCGAAGAUAAGUUUAAUUUGG